GGUGCGUGUGUGCACUAAUUGGAAAAAAAGAAAACUACCUCCUACUAGUAUCAUCUUUCAUGAUCUGGACUUCCCUUCUCUCCUAACUAUGGUUUAGAAUGUCCACUGAGCCGAUGGAGUGUGCUGACGAGGCAGGGACCUCCUCAACUGAACCUACUGAUACAGUCUUACCACACCAUCCUGUGAAUGGAGACAGUGUCGACCUACCUUACAGAAUAUCCAUAGAGCACUGUUACUCGCGUUUAGUUCCCUUCAGAAGUUCACCACCACCAUGCACACUGAGUCCGAACGCUUCUUUCCCAACUACGGUACUGUUUGAGAACUGUAUCACAGAUACAAGCAAGCUGGAAGCCAUCCAUAGGAAGUGGGGUGGGAGGUUCUGUAAAGAUAGGAAGAGGAGUGGUUAUACAACGUCAACUAUUAGCAAUGGAAUCUCGGACAAUGUCAGUGGCGCCGACGGUGAGGAUGUCACAGUGGAUGUAGUGACUGUGGACCCUGUUCCAGAUCUACCCUACGAUGAAAAAAAGGUCAGCUCGAUCAUGAUAGAGUGCUCUCGUCACAUCAACCUAGUGAAGGUGCCAGCUGAGAAUAGUGACCUCCUCCUCACCAGGGCCAUUCAGGAGGCAAGCUACCAGCGGAGGGUGUUGCUAAGACGAGUCGUAGAGAUUCUCGAGGCUGACCAUUUGGCAAGACUGACAUUUACCAAUGUUCCGUAUGAGCCCGUCAAGAGGAGACUGAGCACUGACAAAGCUGCUAGGCAGUUCAGAAAGGCACUGGCUGACGUCCGUUGGGACACCAAGUUAAUUCGUUACUGUCACGAGACUCUACUACAAGUGCUCAACGGAGAUCUGCUGCCCAUAUACCUGGACAUCCUGCAGGUACUCAAGGCCAAGUGCCCAGUGCUGGUGGAGAACAUGAUCCACUCGAGUGUGGGGCUGGUCGGGAACGAAGCAUUUGGACUGCUGCUCAAGAGACCGUGGAAUCCUGUAGUGGGACUGCAUGCUGUAGAGAAACAGGUGAGGUUUGACUCCGCCCCACUGUUUGUCACCCUCCCCUUCUCCACCACCGGACUGGGCGGACGACGAAUGCGUAUGCUCCAAACUCACCUCAGUGCGAUGGGCAAAGUCUAUCCUGUCAUGCUCUCUGAGAAGCUAAUGGACUUGUCCAGAGGCACCUCUCUCACAGAUACGGCCAGUGUGAUAAUGUCCGCCUCGAUGACUCGUGUUCAAGAGCUGCAGGCCCAGUAUCCAUCCAGACCUAUUGUACUCAUUGCCUUCUCCAUAGCUGGAAGAAUUGCUGCCAAGAUUGCUGAGCUGGAGGGGGUCAGCUGCAUUGUGUCAAUAGGACUUCCUGUGCAAGGCAUCGACUCAAAAUGGACGAUUAGCUGCGAUCCUUUCAAAGAUUGUAAGACACCUACUGUUUUCAUAAUUGGAUCUGAGUCACCAGUGACAUCGAUGGAGUACUUGGAGGAAUUGCGAUCUAUUAUGAAGUGUCCCACCAGUUUGGUUAUCAUUGGAGGAGGGGAUGACCUGGUGCGACUGUCAGCAGAGGAUAAGAGCACUGAGAUUGUCUGUCAGAGCAUUGUCGAUCGCUGUAUGCUGGACAAAGUAUACGAAUUCAUUGUCUACAUACUACCUUGUAGCUACCCAGAGGAGCAGACACGAUUGGUGCGAAAACACAGAGGCUCCCUCACUGAUGAGAUAGGAAGUGCAUUUCUCACCCCUGCUGUGGCGCAAAGUCCUAUUCGAUUGUGUUCACCUGUCGACGACGAUGGUAAGAAUCUGAACUCUAACAACUCAAACACUUCACACAAGUACAUGAAAAAUGGCAGUAGACCUUCUCCCGCUGUUAGUAAUCGCUCCACCCCCUCACCUGUCUCUCUCCUUAGUAAAAGACAACACUCCGAAACACCUAUCGCAAAGAAGAGAGCCUUACAGACUCAAUAUCUUCCAAAAAUAGGUCGGCCACGCUCUAAAUCGAUUUCUGACACGAUAAAGAAAGUACACCCUGUUCGACUAAGGUCCUGCAGCACAGAUCAGGCACGAUCCUCCACCAACAAGUUUAGCACUCUCACAGGUAGUCUUCUUAACUCAAAUGCAAACAACUCUAAUGUGUCUCCACCUGGUCUAUUGAGUAUUCCCCAAGCACACAUGCAACCACUACCAAUCACACCACCAAGAAAUCCUUUUGCCGAAGAUGUCCAAGGAAAUACAAAUAUCAAGUUAGACCCAAAAACUAUAAAACAAUUGCAGAAAGGACGUUAAAUAUUCCUAGCUCCCAUUAUACAUUGUACAAGUGAUAAUAAUUUAUAUAAUUUAUAAGAGGAUCAAAUGCAUUGUGUAGUAAUUAUAUAAUUAUAAUAGAUCAUGUAUAUAAUGAGAAUAAA